CAGGCCCUCAACUUUGCCUUCAAGGAUAAGUACAAGCAGAUCUUUCUGGGUGGCGUGGACAAGCGAACCCAGUUCUGGCGGUACUUCGCCGGUAAUCUGGCGUCCGGGGGUGCCGCCGGCGCUACCUCCCUGUGCUUCGUCUACCCCCUUGACUUUGCUCGAACCCGCCUGGCAGCAGAUGUGGGUAAAGCUGGGGCUGACCGGGAGUUCAGUGGGCUCGGUGACUGCCUGGUCAAAAUCUUCCGCUCGGAUGGCCUCAGGGGCCUGUACCAGGGCUUCAGCGUCUCUGUCCAGGGCAUCAUCAUCUACAGAGCCGCCUACUUUGGCAUCUACGACACCGCGAAGGGCAUGCUUCCGGACCCGAAGAACACCCACAUCGUUGUCAGCUGGAUGAUCGCUCAGACUGUCACCGCUGUCGCCGGUUUGACCUCCUACCCUUUUGAUACCGUUCGUCGUCGCAUGAUGAUGCAGUCUGGCCGUAAAGCAACUGACAUAAUGUACACCGGCACUAUUGACUGCUGGCGGAAGAUUGCCCGAGACGAGGGCUCUAAGGCGUUUUUCAAAGGUGCAUGGUCGAAUGUACUCCGAGGAAUGGGUGGUGCUUUUGUCUUAGUCCUGUAUGACGAAAUCAAGAAGUACACAUAAGUUGUUUCCUGUUGUGAACUGGCAUGUUGUUCUGUGUAGUCUAUGACAAUUCAUGGACUUGUUUGAAAUCCAUCUAGUUACUAAACAGUGAUGGCUGAUGUUUAUACAGGUUGGCAUGGGGCAGGGAUGACUGCCUGCCCUGUCUUUAUCAAGUUAUUCCCCUUGACGGGACUCACCGUGGUUUCUAUUUCAGUCACUCCUGCUUAAAGAGUACAAAGAAAUAAAAAUCUGAAACCAACUUU